CCGCGGCCGCCGCCAUGGCGGAGGAGCAGGCCUGCUGCGUGGUCAGCGUCUCCGGCCCGCCCGACGCCUCCGAACCGCCCGCCGGCCCCUGGAGCUGCAGCGGGGUGAUCCUGAGCCGCCGCCCCGGGCUGGUGCUGUGCCAAGGCGCCGUCUUCGCCCCCUUCCUGCGGGACGGCCCCGACGCCUGGGCGCAGCCCCGCGCCCUGCUGCCUGACGCCCUCCGGCCCUGCCUGCGCCUCCUCGUCCUGCAGCCCCCGGCGGGGACCCGCGCCCCGGCCCUCGGCCUCGACGCCCCGGCGGCGGCAGCGGCGGCGCGGAGCCCGGCCGGCGGCUCGCGGCAGCACGAGGCCCGGCUCCUGGCCCUGGUGCCCUGCGGCGCCUUCCAGCAGGCCCUGGCGCGGGCCUUCGGCCAAGCGGAGCGGUGGCGCUUCGGCGGGGAGGCGGCGGAGGAUGACCGGCGGGCCCUGCACUGGUUCGCCUGGCUGCGGGUGCCCGGCCUCGACUCUCCUGGCGGCGGCUGGACGGCCCGGGCGAACGCCAGCUGCCUGCGGAAGGGCGAGGGGCUGCUGGCCUGCGGCUCCCCCUUCGGCGCCCUCUGCCCUGACCUCUUCCUCAACACCCUGAGCAGAGGGGUGGUGAGCAACCUGGCCGGGGAGGAGAAUGCCCUCAUCCUCACCGACGCGCGCUGCCUGCCCGGCACCGAGGGCGGCGGGGCUUUCCUGCCCUCGCCCGCCGGGCCCCGCUUGGUGGCCGUCAUCGCCGCCUCCUUCUGCUGGAAGGGUGCCGAGUGGGUCGGGCUCACCCUGCUCUGCUCCCUCGCUGCCAUCCUGGGCAGCAGCGCCAGCGUCCUGGACGAAGCCGGGGUCGCGGUGCCGCCGGUGCCGGGGCGGGUGGCCGCGGUGCAGGCCGGAGGCGGGCAGGACCCCCUGGGCUGGGCGGCGCUGGUGGAGUGCGGGGCGGCGUGGGGCUCGGGGGUGCUGCUGGCCCCCCGGCUGCUCCUCACCUGCCGGCACGUGGUGGAGGCGGGUGCCCCGCUCUGUGUGACGCUGGCGCCUGGUCCCAGCUGGGCUGCCACCGUACUCGGGGGCCACGUGGUGUUCGCCACCGAGGAGUCGUCCCCCUUCGACGUGGCGGUGGUGGAGCUGGAGGAGAGCGUGCCGGGCUUCGUCCCCCCGCGCCUGGCGGACACCUUCCUCCCAGGAGAGGAGGUGAGCGUGGUGGGCUUCGGGGCGCUGGGGCGGGCGUGCGGCCCCUCAGUGACAGCGGGGGUCCUCUCGGCCGUGGUGGCGGUGGCCGGGCGCCCCGUCAUGCUGCAGACGACCUGCGCUGUCCACGGGGGCUCCAGCGGCGGCCCCCUCGUCUCCUCCCGCAGCGGACGCCUCCUGGGGAUCGUGGCCAGCAACACCCGGGACACCGGCGCGGGGGCCACCUACCCCCACCUCAACUUCUGCAUCCCCAUCACCGUCCUGCAGCCCCCCGUCACGCGCUACCGCCGCACUGGCAACCCCGCCGCCUUCGCCGCGCUCAACCGGGCGGGCGAGGGGGCGCGGGCGGCCUGGCGGCUCCAGCGGCAGCCGGGACCCCCGCGGGGGCCCCCCAGCAAGCUCUGACCCAACUCCCGGUGGGGCUUGCGCCGGGGACAGAGCUGCCACAUCGUCCCCCCCCUUUGGCCCCGGCAGCGGUGGGGCCGAGCGCCUGGUCCCUGCGGGGCCGGCGGAGGGUGGGCGUCCUGGGGCGGAGGACGCGGUGCCUUUGCCAGCUGCUGG